AGGUAAGGUUUACUAGGUUCUUUCCAGAAACAAGCAGCAGUUAUCGGAAAAACAUAAUAGUCAUCAUCUGCCUAUGACUCUCGCUUCACCAGAAAUAUUUACUUCCUGUUUGGGCGUGACCCAUGAAAGGGGACGGCCCUGAGCUAGAAGCCGACUAGUAAGAGCAAAAGUGAAACAGAUAUGUCAGAGCUUGUUUCCUGUUUAUAGUCAGUGUCAGUGAACAGUGAAAUGGAGUCACCGCGAAGUCCAAGCGACGGAGGACUCAUCACCUGUCCCAUCUGUUUGGAUUUACUGAAGGUUCCAGUCACGACUCCGUGUGGACACAGCUUUUGUUUGGGCUGUCUCGAACGUUACUGGGACACCAGCAGGGAUGUUUGCAAAUGUCCUCAGUGCAGAGAGACCUUCACACCAAGGCCACGGCUGAAGAAGAACUGCUUGUUAGCAGAGUUGGUGGAUGAGCGGAAGAGCAAGAGAAGACAUGCGUCUGCUUAUGCAGGACCGGACGACGUGGCUUGUGAUCUCUGUGUCAAACGGAAAAUGAAAGCGCAAAAGUCCUGUCUGGUGUGUCUGGUGUCUUAUUGUGAUGAGCACCUCCAACCUCAUUUAGAGGGUCCAGCCUUUAAGAGGCAUAAACUGGUUGCGCCAUCCAAGGAGCUGCAAGACAGCAUCUGCGCUCACCAUGAUGAUGUGAUGAAGCUCUACUGCUGUGUUGAUCAGCAGGGCAUCUGUUCUGUCUGUGCUGUCCACCAACACAAAGGCCACGACAUGGUCUCAACUGAAGCAGCGAGAGUUGAGCGAGAGAAAGAGGUGGAUCGCAGACGGACUAGGCUCCAGCAGAGUAUUCAGAGCAAGGAGAAAGAUUUGAAGCUGUAUGAGCAGCAGGUGGCGAGCAUCAAUCUCUCCGCUGAUAAAGCUUUGGAUGUCUGUCAACAAAUCUUUGGAAAGAUGAUAAGUCUUCUCCAAAAAAGACAGUCCAGUGUGGAACAGAAGAUCACAUCCCAGUGGGAGGGUGACCUGGCACAUGUCCUGGGACUCUGUGAGCAGCUUGAGCAGCAAAUCAUGGAACUUAAGAAGGAAGAUGCCGAGCUGGAGAAGCUGUCUCAAAUCGACAGCCACAUUCAGUUUCUCCAGAACUUCUCCUCACACUCAUCGGUCCCAGAAGAAACAUUCUCAUCCGCAAACGGUAUAGAGCCUCACUGCUACCUUCAGGAAGUGGCAGCCGCUGUUUCGGUGUGCAGAUGUCAACUUCAGGACUAUCAGAGGGACUCCUGGACAAACUUCUGCUCGACACUAACACCAGAGGAGCAUUUUCAGAUGGUAGCUGAGCCCCAGACCAGGGCACAGUUCCUCAGAUAUUUGCGUGACAUCACGCUGGAUCCAAACACCGCCGAGUCUAAGUUGCAGUUGUCGGACGGAAACAGGAGAGUGACAAAAAUGGAAGAAGAUCAGUUUCAUCCAGAUCAUCCUGACAGAUUCACCACGUACUCUCAGGUCCUGAGCAAAGAGACUCUGACUGGACGCUGCUAUUGGGAGGUGGAGUGGAGCGGAGGAGGAAUUUAUGCCGCAGUUGCGUACAAGAGCAUCAUCAGAGAGGGCGAAGAAAGCGGGUUCGGGGACAAUAUUGAAUCUUGGUCUCUUUACUCUGACAACGUAAGCUGCAUAUUUCGACACGGUAAAGUCACAACAACCAUCUCUGAAUAUCCAUCCAACAAAUUGGGGGUGUUCCUGGACCACUCUGCUGGUCUACUGUCCUUCUAUAGAGUCUCGGAAACCAUGACUGUCCUCCACCAAGUCCGGACCAGGUUCACCGAGCCCCUCCACGCCGGAGUCUUGCUGGGUCAUAGAACUACGUGUGAGUUCCUGGAUUUAAACUAGAGCGGCGUUUGUGUGUCAGAACUUCCUGUUGUAAUCGUGAUUAUGAAUUAAUACAGUUUUUACUUUCGCGUUCAUUCACAAGUAAUCAUCAACAGUUAAUAUUCAGUUGUACUCAUUCAUUUCCAUUACCUUUUGAAGAGUAUGAAUUGAAUUUAUUAUGCAAACACAUCAUCACCUUUGUCCCAUUUGGGAUGUAGCCGUGAGCGUGUAUUCAGUGUUUGCGAGUUCCACUCCUUCCACACGCGGGUGUGCUGGACUGGUGCAGAGCAGGGAGUGUCACCUGAGUGUCAGAAAUAUUCUGACGUAACGCCACAACAUAUCAAUCAUUCAUAUAUUGUAAUAAAGCAAAACGGUUUCUCCUGCACACCAACAUUCCGUUCAGAAGCACCGGUGAUGUAACAGGAUAUUCAAGGUAAAGGAUCUCAGGUACGGAGACGGAACUGCGACCGUGCAUGUUUAUUUUAUGAUCAAAUGGAAAGCCAAAAGACUCUCUGAUAAACAGCCGGCUGCUCAUACUUUGCUGCUCUUUUAUUCAAGUUAUUACGGUAGAACACAAACACCACCAUAAAGUGAUGGAAAUGUAAAGUGAAGAACAACGUCUGUAAAUGUGUAAUUUUAUCAAUUGUAAAGAAGAAUUAAAAAAGAACAUUGAAGAAAAUGUAUUUUUGUGCUUGUAUUAUUAUUAUUUCAUCAAGCUCACGCACAGGCUCGCAUGCAGCCUUUUUUUUUUUUUUUUUUUUUUUUUGCCACUAAGUAGCUCUGGACGUGGGAGUGGAACGGCAUACGAUGAUCAGAACACCACCAUUACAUAACGUGCCCACCCAAAUGUUCUCCUUAAUUGACCUAAGUAAUGAGGAAAUAUGCAAAUUAGCGCAUAAAGCAGAAGCGAAAAGUCUUUUCUCACAAGUGGUCAUGAAAUUAGUCGUGAGGAGUCAUGACAAAUUCGAGCACGCUGACCACCAAAUGGGUGUUUUGACACGUUCCUCACAUUACUGCACGCAUCAUUGGAUUUGGGGGAGAAAAAAAAACCCUGAAGUGGAUUUUUAAGCAUUGGGAAUUAAUAAACUUAUCAUAAAGGGGCGUGUUGAGGGAGCAGUCAGGACCAGUGUUUCUUCUUUCGCUAACUCAGCGGGAAAAAAAGGAAGCUUUUGGCUGUUAGUUUGGUCGAAAGACAUUACGCUCUGCAGGAUGUUUAUGUGCAGACCUGGGCCAAGGUCUGUGUGUGACCUUUGCCCAAUUGUAUUCUUUCAACAAGCAAAGCCUUUUUAUCUUCAGUUCCUUGUCAUGUUUACAGUCAUCUUAAACCUUGGUUUUCUCUUUAAAUGGCUCUCUCACACAAGUAUAUAUUGUGAGCCCUCUUGCCUCUUCAUCACCUACUGUGGUGACCCCUGAUCAUGAAUGAGUUUUCAUGCUAGCCAUCCAUUGUAUGGAGCUAAUCCAAGGUGUGGUCGCGCCAUCUGAAGUAAAGAGAAUCAGAC